UCGGCGCGUCGUCCGAUUCCUAUCAUCUGCAAGGCGCAUACGACAAAUCGCAAUCUUCAGUCUUCAAUGAUAAUAUUGGUAUAAAUACGAUGUAUUUUAACUGUGAUACGAAACAAAGUUCUUUGAGUACGUUUUAAGUAAAGUUAGUGGAUAAAUAUUAUAUUUACAACAUGAUACAUUUUAAAGACAAUAAGAAUAAAUCGGCACUGAGUACAAGAUGGGCUCAAAUGUCAAAGCAAGAACAAAUUAUCGAGAAAAAAAAGAUGGAGAUCCAGGCAAAAUUGGAGGCUCAAAAACAGGCGGCUGCACUCGCGGCUCAAGCUAAACUAGCGAACCCUGCUCCUCAGGAUGAGAAAGGGAAUGCCAAUAUAUUUUCCAAUGAUGGUAGUUUUAUGAGUCAAUACAAAGCCCUGCUUGAAAAACAAAAACAAGAAAACCAAGAUAAAGAGGAAAAGGAAAAAGAAAAGCAAAAAUCUGAUGAAAAACAGAAAAUUAAAGAGGAGAAACAACAAAAUGAUCACUAUGAUGAUAGCCCUGGACCGAAAGAAGAACACAAAAAGUACAAUGAUAAAGGAUCUAGAGACAAACACCGACGAUGGAGUGACAAGGGUCGCAGCCGAGCCCAUAGCCCCUCAACACCUGUUGUUGAAGAUAGAAAGAAAUUUUCUGAAAACAAAACGCCCAAUCACAUUCCACCUCUAAUGCAAAUCCCUAUCAUGCCACCCACUACACAAUCUCCUGAAUCUGAUUACCAGUGGAGAUCAGGACCUCAUAAUUCAGAUGAUGAAUCAGAUACAAAUUCUUUACCGUCAAACUCAAUAGGUCCUGGACCAAUGCCACCAGGUUCAAUGCAUCCCGGUUUCAUGGGUCCUGGUAUGAUGGGACCUGGACCAAAUAUGGGAUCAGAUCCUAAUAUGGUACCAAACUCUAAUAUGGGCACUGGUUUCAAUAUGGGUCCAGGACCAAAUAUGGGACCAGGGCCUAAUAUGGGUCCCGGACCUAGUAUGGGACCAGGGCCUAGUAUGGGACCCGGGCCUAGUAUGGGACCCGGGCCUGGUAUGGGACCCGGACCCAGUAUGGGACCCGGGCCUAAUAUGGGACCUGGGCCGAAUAUGGGUAUGGGCCCUGGUCCUCAUAUGGGGCCAGGUCCACAUAUUGGUCCUGGUCCAAAUAUGGGCUCUGGCCCCAAUAUGGGACCAAGACCAAAUAUGGGUCCGGGUCCUAUGAUGGGCCCUGGCGGUCCUAAUAUGCCCCCAAUGCCCCCUAAUGGUCCAAUGCCUCCUUUCAUGGGUGGACCUCCUAAUUUUCCCAUGCCACCUAAUUUUAUGGGUCCAAAUGGUCCUGGAGGACCGUGCGGUCCUGGACCCAUGCCACCAAAUAUGUGUGGUCCAAAUAUGUCAGGUCCUAGGCCAAAUGGCCCUAUGCCCCCAUUCUUUGGUCCACCUUUCCCUAAUCCAAUGAUGGGUCCUGGUGGACCACCAAUGCCUCCUAAUGCAGGCAAUAUGCCUUUCAUGGGUCCACCCCCACCUUUUGGGCCUAAUGGCCCUCCAAACUUUGAUAAUGGCAAUGGUCCACCCAGACCUUUCUUGCCACCUAAUUCUAUGCCACCCAAUUCUAAAGCAAAUCUAGAAAAUCUAGGCAAUAAUUCACCAUCUGAUUCCAUGAAACAAAAAGGUCUACCCGCUAACCCUAGCAAUGCAAACAGUGGCUCUUCAUCAAGCAAUACAUCUCAAGUUUUCUCUCCAGAUAUGUUCCCGCCGUCAGUGCACCGAGCCGCCAGCGAAGUCGCCAGCAACGGUGACCACUGGGAAAAUGUCCUGAAAGCAAUACACUCACAAGAUCAAAAUUUGUGGUUCCUACAUAACACCAACUCGAAUGAAUAUAAGGCGUUCAGGGAGUUAAUUAAUAAGAUGAGAAGAGAUGGUGUGGGUGAAAAGAAGCAUGAAGUGAAACCGAGGAUAAAUAUCGAGCCAGAGUUCAGUUUAGAGGAUGACGAUAGCUAUGACAACAGACCUAGUUUUAAAGACGAAAGCAAGGACAGAGACGAGGAUAGUAAACAUUAUCGCCGAGACGUCAAACGGGAGCAAGCCAGCUCGCAGAGUGAUGAGGAACCGGAAGCCAAACGUGAACGGAAACGGAAGAAGAAAUCGCGCUGGAGCGAUGAUCCACCGGCGGCCGAUAUCAAGCCACCCGGGCUGAUUACACCGUUGGCUGCCAUCAUUCCAGGCGCUAAGUUAGCAAAGAUCGACGAAGAAGGACUAAAAUUGACGAAUGUGAAUAAAAAUAACCAAGCACUGAUGCAGUAUGCAAUGACAAAUUACGGAACAACAAAUUUAAGUGCAGAGGAUUGGAAGAAAUGCGAAGACAACUUUAAACUUAACCUUCUGUAUCAGGACAUGUUAAAGAAACGUCAGGAGGUGGAACGUUUGGCGGCGGCGGGUAAAUAUAAAUACGAAUAUGACAGCGACGAGGACACCAACGAAGGCACCUGGGAACAUAAGUUACGAGCAAAAGAAAUGAGUGCGACGGAGAAAUGGGCUGAUGAACUGACAAAGCAGGCAGCGGGCAAACAUCACAUUGGAGACUUUCUGCCGCCUGAGGAGUUAAAGAAGUUCAUGGAAAAGUAUUCGGCGUUGAAAAAUGGCAAAGAGCCAGACCUGAGUGACUACAAGGAAUUCAAAUUGAAAGAGGAUAACGUGGGUUUUAAAAUGCUGCAGAAACUCGGAUGGACGGAAGGCCAAGGCUUAGGCGCGGAGGGGUCGGGCAUCGUCGAACCGAUCAAUAAAGCAAAUCAGCCAGUGGCUAACCUGGGUUUGGGCGCUUCCACGUCUGACGGCGUCUCUCCGGACGACGACGAAUUCGACGCGUACAGGAAACGCAUGAUGCUUGCGUACAGAUUCAGACCCAAUCCUUUGAACAACCCACGAAGACCUUAUUAUUGAGAAGAUCUCUACGUAUCAUCAUAAGAUUUUAGAUUAAUGCUUUUUAAUAUUAUACAGGUUUAAAUGUAAAUUGCAGCAUAGAAUCAAAAGCGGAAACGUAAACAUAGAGCAUAUUACAUAUACAUUAUUAAUAUUCGAUCAAAUUUUUGGAUCGAUAAGGUGCCACAAAAUAAUACCAUUUAUAACCAACCUUCACAUAAUUUAGUUGAACCCUAAUGACAAACACUUCAAAACUGCGAAGUCGACCUAUUUCUACAUUGCGUCGGCGCAUGUCUUUGAUUGGUGUUUGUAAUUAGGGUUGCCUUAAUGUUAUACGAAGUUUAGUAAACGUUAAAAUUAGCCAUUUAAGGGGACCAUAUAUUUCAAUAGUUUGAUGCACCGCUAUAUUCAUAGGAGAUGAAUUUAAAAUUCGGCACGCUUAUUGGCCUACCGAUAUCAAUGCGCUUCUAAUUCAAUGUUACUAAAUAGUAUUAGUGUACAACGCUUAUUUAAAUAACAUAUCUAAAUGUGGUGCCUAAAAUCUAUGUGUUAUUUUACUAGCCUUGAAAUGUCAAGGUGCAACCAUCUGUAACAGUAGAUAUUAUAUUUGUAUGAAAUAUAGAAAAUUAAUGUGUUAUUUGUGUAUACAUAUUCGGCGAAGAAUUUACUUUAAUCCUGUAUACUAUUUUACAUAAUAAUUCUAUUAUGUUAAUAGGAAAUGUGCGUGGAUUUGAUAACUGGCAUAAGAAAAUAUUUUACGUGUGCAAUUCUUACUUAUAAGUAAGAUGAUGGCGAUACAUUGAUAUUGCUGUUAGUGGCGAAGAGUAAAAAUAUCCGAAAGGUACCCUACACAACGUGUAAAUACUGUUGGUCUGCAAACGUUAUGAUAAUUAAAUUUUACAUAAAUUACGAAAGGAAAGCGAUAUGGACCCUUCGCCCCUGAUUGCUAUACAACUUUUAGAAUUUUGACUAUCUAAUUUUGCUGCCAUUAUUGAGUACCGCUAUCCAUAAAGUGGAUAUAUCUUCAUGAAAAUGUAACACACUUUAAAGAUACUUUAAAAAAAUAGUAAUGUGGGGUCCCUCCACUUGCUAAUAUUACUGUUAGCGAAAAAGUAUUGUCUGAUAGACUACGUCAUGGCAUUAUAAAUAGGAAACCGUCUAAAAUUACGUUUUAGUCUGUAUAAAGUACUGCAAAGUAUGUUGUUCGAUGUUCUCACAGAAUCCUUACAUAUUAUACAACUUAGUCCCCCGCGGCGUCUGUGUCUGAAUGCGAUAAACUCAAAACUACCGAACGGAUUUCGAUCACAUUUGGUAUGGAGAUAGUUUGAGACCCAGGGAAUGUCCUUCCCUAGGUUACUUUCUAUCCUUGAAAAAUACAUAGCGGGACUUUCCCGAAAAAGUUUUUUUUUUGUUGAAACCGCUAUCAAUUUGCCAUGGAGAUAGUUCAAGACCCUGAUGGUCUGCUACCAAAACGAUUCCGGGACGGGUCGCUAGUUAUAAUGUAAAAAAGACAUGACAAAUUGAAUUAACAAUUAUUAUGAAUCUUCUAAAUUAUAGAAAGUUUUAUCUAUGAAGUUUCCUAUCGGACAGAAUCGUGGCAAAGAUAGUAAAAAAAAAUUAUUAAGCUAGCAACAUUUUACUGCAUAUGUUAUUUAUACAGCUUUUUCAAAUGAGCUCCGAAUUGGAAUAAUUUCUAUUUAUCUGCUCCCUUGCUUAUUGAAACACAAGAUACAUUAAAAAUAGUAUCUUUUGAGCAAAUUCUAAAAUUUAUCCCUAUAUAUGCCCUUCUCCUAAAAGUCAUUCUAGCUCCAGGCCAUGGAUUAUUAUACACCUAUUUAUUACUUAGUUGAAAAAUAUCUAAGUUUAAUUUAUAUAAAAGCGGCAAACAACUUAACCACCCUGCCGCAUGGAUUUUUUCGUACGUUAGUGUAGCUACACCACUAGCUACACUAUUGGUCACUAGCUACACCAAAAAGUCCCCCACCGAUAGUGUGCUCAAGUUGUGCGCCAGCUAUUAUACCUACAACUAAGGAUUCGCCAGUUUGUGUAAUAUUUUAACUAUUAGGUAGAUGUUUAUAAUAAUGCUUCAUUCUCCACGAUAUUUAUUCAAAAAUCUAUAUUCGAUAUGAAAUGUCUCACUUUAUCACAGUAUUUACAUACGCUUAACCAUAUUAGCAACAGGGUGUUAUGAGCCAAGAGAACCCAAUUAAAAUAAGUCAGUACAAGGUUCAUAUUACAGAUUCUAUAUUAUGUAUAACCUUUAUAGUUAGAUGUUAGAAUUCAUGGUUCAAUAUCAUAAUAAUUCUUAUUCUUAGAUAUAGAAUUGUAUAUUUAAUUGUCCAUUGUUUUUCGCGAAGCGUUAUCCAUUUUUAUAACUUAACAUAUUUUUUGUCAGUGACUGUACUUCAAAAUGUAGCAUCUGUAAGCAUUAAGACUUAGAUUAUUUUAGUGAUGUAAACUGUAUAUGGUUAUGUUAAAGCUUUCAAUAAAACUUCAUUUCCA